UUUUACCUUUUGGUUUUAUUAAGUAUUUUCAUUAUCGAUUAAAGUUUGCGUGUGAGGCUAAAUUUAAUUGUAAUGAAUAAAUAAUUUUUCAUCAACUUUAUCUACUGCCUGGAUCUCAUUUUCCCAAGUUUUUGCAUCACUAAGCCUCUCCUCCACUGACAUCCAUUCUCAAAAAACAAAAACAAACAAACAAAAAACUCUGGUCUCCUUCCCUGUACUGAAGCAUUAUGCUUGUUUUGCUAACCUUGCAGGCUUCGCUAGAAACUUCCAGGCAAGUGUGUUUAAGGCAAGACAUUGACCCACCAAGAGCAGGAUUAGACAUCCCUGUCAUAAGAACACAGUGUUACCACAGCAUUCAAGAUGUUCCCUCAGUAAAGACAAAGUGUACACUGACAAACCAAUCCAGUUUUAAUCACACAGAUAAAUCAACAUCAAGUUAUAGUAACAUAAUAGCUCCUGUCACAGUUAAAAAAUAAUCAACAAAAUGACCAAACAGGGUUUGGGGCAAUGUUGAGAUCUCUUCUGGAAUGCUAAAGACACAUGUGAUAUUACUUCAGAGAGUUUUUCCCCCUCAGGAACAUUUCUUUCAUUUGAGGAGGGCGGUUUGAACAUGUGUAAUGUUUUACAGCUGAGUGAAAAGCACAGAGAAAAGGGUGGGGCUAAGCUGUGAACAGAAUAUCAGAGACAGCACUAAAUAUCCUUUUUGCAUUUUGAGGAACACAAGAGAGCUACCAGAAACAUUCUAGGACAGUGGAAGAGAAGACAGAAAAUUAAAACACUUUUUCGUCAUAAUGGCAAUCCCUGACAUGCCUUCACUGAAACUACACAGUCGGCCAGAGAUGUUUGAUUUUGAGGGUAUUUCUAUGACUCACUUUUUCACUGACAACUGGGAAAAGGUGAAAAACUUUCAAGCAAGACCUGAUGACAUUCUUAUCGCCACUUAUCCAAAAGCAGGUAGCACAUGGAUUUCUUAUAUACUGGACCUUCUGUAUUUUGGUAAGGAUGAUCUAGAGCGUCAGACUUCCAAGCCAAUAUAUACACGAAUCCCAUGCCUGGAAGCAUGCUUUUCAACAGUUACAGGGACAGAAAUGGCUAAUCAUCUGCCCACCUCUCCUCGUCUCAUCAAAACUCAUUUACCUGUUCAGCUUAUACCAAAGUCCUUCUGGGAGCAGAACUCAAGGAUUGUGUAUGUAGCACGUAAUGCAAAGGACAAUGCCGUUUCCUAUUUUCAUUUUGACCGAAUGAACAAGGUACAGCCUGAACCCGGAGAUUGGAACAACUUCUUAGAGAAAUUUAUGAAAGGGAAAAAUGUGUUCGGUCCUUGGUACGAUCAUGUCAGUGGAUGGUGGGAGAAAAAACAGACGUAUUCUAACCUACUGUACUUGUUCUAUGAGGAUUUGGUUGAAGACACUGGACGUGAGGUUGAACGUUUGUGCUCCUUCUUGGGUUUGUCCACCUCAGUCGAAGAAAGGGAGAAAAUAACCAAAGGGGUUCAGUUUGAUGCCAUGAAACAGAACAACAUGACCAACUAUAUCACAGUCCCUUUCAUGGACUUCAAGAUCUCACCCUUCAUGCGGAAAGGUAAAGUUGGAGACUGGAAAUGUCACUUCACAGUGGCACAAAAUGAAGAGUUUGAUGAGGUCUACAAAGAGAAGAUGAAGAAUACUACUGUCAAGUUCCGCACUGAGAUUUAAUAUUACAGUUCUAGAUCUUACACCAGAAUCAGUAUUUAACACAGUUCGUAUGUACGGGAAGAAGGAGGCGGGAACCGGAGAACAUUCAACAUAACUUUAAUACCAAAAUAAACAAAUACAAAACGAAAGUAAUGCCGGCAGACCCUCGCAGACGUCUGCUGUAACGUAGUUCGUAAAUAUGGGAAGAAGGAGGCGGGAACCGGCAAACAUUCAACAUAACUUUAAUAUAAAAUAAACAAAGAACAAAACAAAAGUAAUGCCGGCAGACCCUUGCGGACGUCUGCCGGCCACACAAACAUAAUAAAACAUAAAAUAAUAUCCAGGCCUGGUCCUCUCUCAUCCUUCACUGUCGUCGCUCCUCCUUUCAAGCUCCCGGAGCUCCUCCGUGAGAGACUCAAGGCCGAUGCACCUCACAGGUGAAGAUCAUUAACACUCGUGUCACCGGCCUCGCGGCUCUCGCCCGCCCUGCUCGUCACAUACCCCCAUCUCCCCUCGCAGGCCAGGGGGUACUCCCGCGACUGCGCUUACUCCCCCCCGGGGCCUGUCUCGGCGGCCGCAGCACCUGGGGGUAAGGACAGACGAGACGAGACGAGAGAAAGGAGACGGAAGCAAGGGGAGCGAUAGAAUGAUAGAGGGGAGAGAGGAAA